UCUCCACUUCACCCCGCCGCCGCUGAACCAAAGCCUCCCCCUUCCGCCGCCGCCGCCCCAAGCCUCUGCUGCCGCCUUCCCACCCCGCCCGGCGAAGAUGAAGACGAUCCUGGCGUCGGAGACGAUGGAGAUCCCCGAGGAGGUGACGGUGAAGGUCGCCGCCAAGAUGAUCACGGUGACGGGGCCCCGCGGGACGCUGACCCGCAACUUCAAGCACCUCAACCUCGACUUCCAGCUGCAGGAGGGCGGCCGGAAGCUCAAGGUGGACGCCUGGUUCGGCACCCGCCGCACCAUGGCCGCCAUCCGCACCGCCAUCUCCCACGUCCAGAACCUCAUCACCGGCGUCACCAAGGGUUUCCGCUACAAGAUGCGCUUCGUGUACGCCCAUUUCCCCAUCAACGCCUCCAUCACCUCCGGCAACAAGGCCAUCGAGAUCAGGAACUUCCUCGGCGAGAAGAAGGUCAGGAAAGUUGAUAUGCUUGAUGGUGUGACGAUCCUGCGCUCUGAGAAGGUCAAGGAUGAGCUUGUUCUUGAUGGCAAUGACAUCGAGCUUGUCUCCCGCUCCGCUGCUCUGAUUAACCAGAAAUGCCAUGUGAAGAAGAAGGAUAUCAGGAAGUUCUUGGACGGUAUCUACGUCAGCGACAAGGGUGCCAUCAAGGAAGAGUAGUGGUGAUAUGCAACUCAACCCCGUUGUAGCUGGUAGCAGAAAUUGUCCUAGAGGAGAGUCCAGAACCACCAAUAUCCUGUGCUGUUUUAUUUUCUUUUUGAGUGGAUCACAAGUUGAUUAUAAUUUGUACCGGAUCAAGUGUAACUGGAGAAGGUGUUCUUUAUCGUUUGCUGAGAUGUUUGUUUCCUGGUUGAUAAGACAUCUUAUCUUUGGUUGCUGGA